AUGGCUGUGGCUAAUGGAGUAGUAGCCCGUGCAUCAACAAAGGAACCCUUGUUUUCCUUUGGUGUCAUAGCUGAUGUUCAGUAUGCUGAUAUCCCAGAUGGCCGCUCGUUCCUCGGCGUCCCACGAUACUACCGCCACAGCAUUAGCGUCCUCCAAAGUGCUGUCGACAGGUGGAACGAACAAGGCAACAUCAAGUUCUCGAUCAAUUUUGGCGACAUCAUUGAUGGCUACUGCCCGAAGGACAAAUCGUUGUGGGCGGUGCAGAAGGUCCUUGAUGAAUUCGACAAGUUUGAUGGCCCAACAUAUCACAUGAUUGGCAACCAUUGCCUGUACAACCUUCCGCGCAGCCAGUUGGUGUCUCUGCUUAAGAUCGCAACAGAUUCUGAUCGUGCUUAUUAUGACUUCUCGCCAUGCCCCGGGUUCAGAAUUGUUGUUCUGGAUGCUUAUGACUUCAGUUGCCUCGGCUGGCCCAAUGAUCAUCCUGUGACUGCAGCUGCAAUGAAGCUCCUGGAUGAGAAGAACCCAAACACUGACAAGAACAGCCCUGAUGGUCUGGUCGGCGUCGACAGGCGGUUCGUGAAGUUCAAUGGCGCAGUUGGCAAGGAGCAGCUGUCCUGGCUCAAUGGUGUCCUCCAGGACGCAUCGACGCACCAUCAAAAUGUCAUCGUAUGCAGCCAUCUCCCAAUGGAUCCCGGGGCAUCUUCCCCGGCAGCUCUCAUGUGGAACUACGACGAGGUGAUGGCUAUUGUUCACCAGUACAACUGUGUCAAGGCCUGCUUUGCCGGGCAUGACCACAAGGGUGGCCACUCUGUGGACUCACACGGUGUGCACCACCGCACUCUGGAGGCUGCCUUGGAGUGUCCUCCUGGCACCAGCGCAUUUGGUCAUGUCGAAGUGUAUCCUGACAGGCUGCUGCUUGUAGGUUUUGACAGAAUGGCUGAUACUGAGAUCCCUUUUUGA